UGGACGUUGUUAGCGUUCAUUCCCCCAGCUUUUGUGAGAGCCGAGCUUGGAGGAAACCCCAUGCCGAGAUGGUGACAAUCCCAUGACACUUCUGUUUGCUACGACUUCCUGCGACGCUGCUUGCACGCAUUCAACAUUCACAAGAUCCCGCUGAUAACUGUGAUCUCGUCUAUCGGUUGUAUCCCAAUGAGGUAACGACGAGUCCAAUCUCUACCGCGCGAUCCCAUUCAGCGCCGCCCUUUCUCCAUUCCCGCUGUCGCCAAUUAGCCUCGGCACAAUGUCGACCGCCCUCGAGAGCUUCAAGGAGACGCUCAACCGCAUAAUCCUCGACCCGUCGAACCGCGACCUCCUGGCGAUCGUCAAGGGCGCGCGCAAUGGGGCCGUCUACGGGGCCAAGGUGCGGUUCCCGCACGCGCUGGUGAUGGUGUUCCUGUUCCGCUCCGGGACGUUGUCGCAGAAGACGGGCCUGGUGUUCCGGGCGACGCGGACGCACGCGCGCAACCUGGCCAAGUUCGCCACCAUCUACAAGACGGUGUGCUACCUGCUCAAGUGGUACGGGGCCACGCCGGGCAAGGAGGGUAAGUACGACACGUUCAUCGCCGGCCUGCUGGGCGGCUACUUCGUCUUCGGCACCCGGUCGCGCUCCGGCAAGAUCUCGUCGGUGAACCAGCAGAUCGUCGUCUACGUCUUCGCGCGCGUGGUGCUCGCGCUCGCCCGCCUGGCUGUCAAGCCCGGCGCCGGCCUGCCCUUUGUAUCCGAGGAGAGCAAGUCCGCGGCCAUCAGCCACUACGCCUGGCCCGUUUUCGCAUCUCUAAGCUGGGGUAUGGUCAUGCACCUGUUCAGGAACCACCCUGAGGAUCUUCAGCCGAGCUUGAAGAGCAGUAUGAACUAUAUUUACAAGGAUAGCGAUCAUUGGGACAGUUUAAGGAAUUUCGUUUGGCACAACAAAUGAGGCAGGCCAGGUCUGGUGCUGCACCAUUACGGGGACAUUGAUCAACCAUUGCUCAGUUAUCAUCAUCAGCGGCGUUUUUUUUUAAGGCAUGUUAUAUAUCUGUGGUUUGUUGUAAACAUCAUUGGGUUCAGAGUCGCACUGGUUGAUAGAAAGAUCGUGCUUGAUAAACAGGAGGUGGCGGUAACGAUGAAUGCUUGGGUAU